AUGAAUAAAUGUGCAAUAUUUCUCCUGGUUUUUACUCAAUUACAUUCGAUAGUAUUAACGAAAGAAUAUACUUGUGUUUGGUAUGGUGAAUGUGGACCAUCAGUGCCCAAUAAGCACAAUUGUCCAUCAAAUGAUUCAGCUCGGCUGAUCAAUGACGCCCAUGCCGAGGAGAAACUGCGUAGGAGGUGUCCCCAUUUCUUCGAAGAAAAUGAUCAUCCCUUGACUUGUUGUGACAGUGCCAUAAUACAAACAAUGGACACAAAUAUGCAACAAGCCGAAGGGAUUUACGGUCGUUGUACAUCGUGUUUAAGAAACUUAUUCCGUUCAAUCUGUGACUUCAGUUGUGCACCUGAUCAAAGUCGAUUUAUGGCUGCAACCGAGAUUUUGAAAUGGGAAGUUGAUGGUAGUGAAUAUAUCAAUAAAAUUGAGAUAUUCCUUGGUGAAGAAUUUGCAAAUGGUACUUUCAAUUCCUGUAGCAGUAUAGUUCAUCCGGCCAGCGGUAAAUUGGCAAUGGAUCUUGCUUGCGGGCAACAUGGUGCGAGCAAAUGUACCCCGAAACGACAUAAGGUGGUGAAACGGGUGGUCUCGGACAUCUACCUAGUCAUCCAUAUGAAUGCCUCAGCAUGCAGUUGCGUGGAUUGUCCAGCUGCAUGUCCUCUGGUUGAGUGGACAAUAAAUCACAGGGCCUUCACACUUCUCGGCAUCAAUGGAGUUGGUGUACUGUUAGGUGUUGUCAUUUUGGGGAUCAGCAUUGGUUUUGCUAUUGGUUUUGCUAUUGGUUGGAUCUGGGGAAGGGACCGAUGCGCCUCGAGGAAAUCGCGUAAUGUGGUAACUUGCAGUGAUCAGUUGAGUGAACACUAUCAUAAUAUUUUCGAGAAAAUAUUCUAUAAAUUGGGACACGAUUUUGCAGAACACCCCAUCCUGACUUUAUCUCUGCUCUCUUACGUGAUUAUUGGAGUUUCCUGGGGCGCAGUGAAUCUGAAGGUUACAGUGGAUCCUAUCGAGAUAUGGGCUUCACCUCAAAGCAGAUCGCGUAUCGAAAAAGAAUACUUCGAUAGCCAUUUUACCCCUUUCUACAGGACUGAGCAGAUUUACAUUAAAGCUGUUAAUCUCGAGAAGAUGACAAGGGAAACGUCGGAUGGAGUCCAAGAGUUUGGUCCAAUAUUCCAAAGAGAAUUCAUGUUGGCCGUGUACGAUUUGCAACAGAAAAUUCAACAGAUUGGUAGAGAUACACACGAAGGAUUGGAAAAAAUUUGUUAUGCCCCUGUGCAAAAUGAAUUCAUGGGACCAAUGACGGUAGAUCGUUGCACAGUGCAGAGUCUCUGGGGAUAUUUCCAAAAUGACUUGGAAAAAUUCAAUAAUACCAAUUACCUGGAUCACUUAUACAUGUGUUUGCAAAACGCAUUCCUUCCAGAAUGUCUAGGUCCUUACAAGGGCCCAGUUAUACCGGACAUAGCAAUAGGUGGAUACUUGGUGGAGGGCAAAACAACUUACGAGGCCUCAGACUACAUAAAAGCAACAGCGGUAGUUCUGUCAUUCAUGGUGAAGAAUAAAUCAGAUAAAGAUGAGUUGGAACCCAUGCGAAAAUGGGAGAGUCGAUAUUUGGAUUUUAUGAGGCAUUGGGUAGAGCAUGAAAAACCGGAUUUCAUGGAUAUCGCCUAUUCAUCGGAGAGAUCUAUUGAAGAUGAAUUGGAACGCACUUCAAUUGCCGAAUCGAAAACUAUUAUCAUUAGCUACAUCGUGAUGUUUGUUUACAUCGUUUUCUCAUUGGGUACAUUCAGGGCAUCUGCGGAGACAUUUAUUGUCAGUAAAGCAAUGUUGAGCAUCAGCGGAAUAAUCACCGUUUUAGCGUCGGUGACUUGCACGUUCGGAGUCUUUGGGUACACCCGGACAUCUACGACUCUUUUGACUAUUGAGGUCAUUCCUUUCCUCGUUCUAGCUGUCGGAGUUGACAACAUUUUUAUCCUCGUCCAAACACAUCAAAGGAAUCCCCCAAGACCUGGAGAGAGUAUCCCACAUCAUAUGGGUAGAAUACUGGGCUUAGUGGGACCGUCCAUGUUCCUUACGAGUGUCUCAGAGUCACUCUGUUUCUCCAUUGGAACUAUCUCAUCCAUGCCUGCUGUUAAAACAUUCGCACUGUUUGCAUCAGUCGCUAUUGCGUUCAAUUUCUUCCUGCAAAUUACUGGAUUCGUCAGUCUUCUGGCCCUGGACACGAGAAGAUAUGAGGAUCGGCGUGUGGAUCUCUUAUGCUGCCUGCGAUUGAAUAUCAGUAGCAUUAAAUCAGGCCCAGGGAUUAUGCAAAAAUUCUUCGCCAAGUACUACACACCUAUGCUAAUGAAUAAAUUCGUUGGAAUCGGAGUACUGGUCUUUUUCGUUGCACUAGUGACGACGAAUGUUGUUGCUGGAGCACAACUCGAAAUCGGUUUGGAUCAGAAAUACUCGAUGCCUGAAGAUUCAUACGUUCUCAAAUACUUUGAAUUCAUGGAGGAACUGCUGUCAAUGGGGCCGCCAGUGUACUUCGUUCUCAAAGGUGGCCUUAACUACAGUAAACCUGAGGUUCAGAAUGCUAUAUGUGGAGCGCAGAGAUGCAACUCUGAUUCCCUAUAUGCCCAGAUAUUCUCGGCAUCUAAACAAUCCUCAAUUACUUAUCUAGCAAAGCCAGCAUCUUCCUGGAUCGACGACUAUUUUGAUUGGACUGUAAUCGAUGGCUGCUGCAAGUAUUUCCCGAGCAAUUCAUCUUUUUGCCCUCACAAUCAUUGGACGGAUGAUGAAGAGAUGUCCUGCGAGAGAUGCCCUAUGAAGAAGGAUAAAUUUGGAUUGAGACCACAGGCAUCAGACUUUCGUAGAUACCUCAGUUAUUUCUUAACUGAUGUACCUGACGAGACAUGUGCGAAGGGAGGUAGGGCGGCUUAUUUCGACGCAAUGAUGUAUACAUACGAUCGAUAUGGAAUGAUUGAUGUUGGAGAUUCCUACUUCAUGAGUUACCACACACCUCUGAAGAAACAAUCGGACUGGUACAGAGCCCUUUCCUCAGCUCGAGUGGUUGCUGAUAAUAUAACCGCUAUGAUUAAUAACCACAAAUUCACUGAUACUCACAUCAGUGUUUUUCCUUACAGCAUUUUUUACGUCUUUUACGAACAGUAUUUGACGAUUUGGAAGGAAACAAUGAUAUCAUUGGCACUGUCUCUUGGUAUUGUCUCCAUUGUUACUUACGUUUUAACUGGAUUUUCCCUUUUCUCUGCUGGAAUGGUAUUGAUCACUGUGACUAUGAUAAUCAUCAACAUGUUUGGACUCAUGUACUGGUGGAAUGUCAGUCUCAAUGCUGUCUCACUUGUUAAUUUAGUUAUGGCUGUGGGGAUCUCGGUGGAGUUUUGUAGUCAUCUUCUGCACUCUUAUCUGAGUUCAAAGAAAAAAUUUAGUCUGGACAGGGCAUCUGAUGCAUUAUCUGUGAUAGGAAGCUCUGUAUUCUCAGGUAUCACUUUGACGAAGCUGGUGGGAAUUAUCAUACUGGCAUUUGCAAAAACAAAAAUAUUUCAGAUAUUUUACUUCAGGAUGUACCUGGGUAUUUUGAUCAUGGGAGCAACUCAUGGUCUAAUAUUCUUACCUGUUGCAAUGAGAUUCUUCGGCCCAGUGGGAAUAGGAAAUUCAAAUCAGGAAAAUGGAAGAUCGAGUAAAUUAGAGACACAAUGUUAAAUAUUUUCCUAACUGAAUUUAACAUGUAAAUAGUUUUCAAGGAAUAAACAAGUUUUUCUUAA